AUGGUCUCUCAGUCGUUUCAUGUCGUCAAGAGCAUCUCUGCAGGUCGGCGCAUUCAACUGCCACCUUGUACUCGUCCCAAGGUUGUUUUAAGCAAAGAAGCGCGAGCUGCGCUCAAACACAGCCGACAGGAGAAGUCUCGUCAAUUCAGAGACACCCUCGAUGACGCCUGGAACCAGCUUGAUGAGGCCACGAAGACCAUUGCUGUGUCUCACCACAAAAGUGUACGCCGCGUGCAAAAUGACUUGUAUAUUGGUCGUGGUUUGCUUCGCUCCAGGCAUUCUAAGCUGAACACAUGGAAUGCGUUCUGCUGGAAGAAAAACCAAGAGACCGAGAACCGUAACCAGGGCCGAGGGGCACUUGAAUCACUCGUCCAUGAAAAUCGGGAUGAAUACCUUCGACUUUCGAAGGAUGAGCAAGACAAUAUCCUUGCAGAGUAUGCCGAUUGGAAAACGACAAAGGUUACUGGCCUCCGUGUCUCAACAAAGUCCAAGAUAAAUGACAUUACUCAAACUCUCAAAGCUGUCGAAAAUGAGCUCAACAGCCUCAAUUGUCGCACGGGUGCAGAGACCAUUCUGUAUAUGACACGUGGCUCUACAGAUCUCCCUCUGCGAGGCGUCGCCUUUGCCACUGAAGGUGUCCAACACUUCAUGAAUUCUGUCAUGGGGAUCGACAAUCAAGAUCUAGUCAGCAAGAUGGAAGGUUUUGCAGUGCAAGGGAUGAAAGGCGCUGCUACAAAUCACAAACAACAAGUCUCCGAAAUUCGCUCGAAAAUUCGUGAUAUCAUCAACACCAAACUACAACUCGUCACUGGUGAUCCCGAUGCCAGGAUGCAGUGGACACAUUAUUUUCGUAAUGUUGUUCAGCGCUAUCAAGUCGCCAUUGAGGGCUGGCCAGACAACAUUCCAUUCGCUAACCUCAGUCAAGUCUCGAGUGCACGUCCCGACCUCGAGAUGCUUUACUCAAAGUGGGAGUCAAAACAAAUCAAAUGGAAGGUACUAACUGAUGAGGAGUUCGAGGAACUUUAUUCAAAACGCCAGGGGCAGAUUGACAGAGGCGAGAUCGUUGAUCACCGUCGGCGAACUCGUUCUGACAAAGGAAAGAAGCGCAAAGGGCUCGCAGCUGCCACGAACCCAAAUCGCCGCAAAAAGUACAAGAGUUCUGAGACCAUCGAGGACAAUGAUUGCACUGAUGAAGAGCGCGAGCAUGGGGAUGAAGAACGAGACGAGCCUGUUGAUGAGCCUGUUCGUCGAUUUUCCACACCGGCAGCUGCUCGUGCUGCUAAUCAACCCUCUACGUUUGAUCUGGCUAAUACCUCUACUAGUUUGCAGUUGCCAGGUUCUGAUGUCCCUUCCCCUUCCAAUGCUCCAGACGCAUCAGAUUUCAACUUUUAUAUUCCUAGAGACUCCGAUGUAUCGACUUUCCCUCAGUUUGACUCUGAUGCUAUGUUAGCAACCUUAGAUAGGAUGUUCGGUCCUGCACCUUAG